UCGUCCUAGGGGCAUCAAUGUAACCUCCAUACCUUUAAAAAAUAUAUCGUUAGAGACUUUUCUUUCUCGGAGUGAAAAAGAAGAAAAAAUAUUAGAGGGUUUGGAAGCUCGGAGUAUCUCAAGCCGCAGUGCACUUCUCGAUCUCGUCAGCGAUGAUCGCUCUGCUCAUCCUCCUCGCGAGUGUUCUCUUCUGCUUUUACGAGUGCCUCAAGCCCCGAAGAUUUCCACCAGGUCCAGCUUGGUUUCCAUUCGUCGGAUGCCUCCUGAUAUUUCAACGGUUGCGGGCAAAACACGGCUACGUUCAUUUGGCAUUCGAGGAACUCGCCAAAACUUACGGACCCAUUGUCGGAGUGAAAUUGGGCAAUCAGAAAUUCGUAGUCGUAUCGAGUCAGCGGCUCGUUAAAAAAGUCCUCCUCGCCGACGAGUUCAACGGCCGACCCGAUGGCUUCUUCUUCAGAGUUCGAGCUUUCGGUGCGAGGACAGGCGUUCUAUUCACCGAAGGAGCAACGUGGCAUCACAAUCGACGUUUCACGAUGAAAUAUCUUCGAGCUUUCGGAUUCGGCCAGGCCUCGAUGCACGAUUAUUUGACUUUUGAAGCACAAGAUCUCGUGAGAAAUCUUCGUGAAAGAGGCAAAGGAGGAACGCCCGUGGAGAUGCAUUCGGCGUUUGACGUUGGUGUUUUAAAUGCCCUGUGGAUGAUGCUCGCAGGUCACAGAUUUUCGUACGACGACGCUAAUCUCCAGGAAAUAUUGCGAGUUGUCCACGACGCUUUUCGAAUAACUGACACCCUCGGUGGCUUGGUGUCACAAAUUCCAGUAUUACGUUACAUCAUUCCUGAGCUGUGUGGCUACAACAAUUUGAUCUCAGUCCUCGAAAAACUGUGGGCAUUCAUAGGCGACGAAAUUGACAAGCACGAAGCGGACGCGCGAUCGAAUAAUCAUGGAGCUAAUGAUCUUAUAGAUGCGUGUGUAUCGGAGAUGAUAAGAGGUCGAAGCGAUCCCGAAUCACAGACUUUCGAUCGCAAAGAUAUCGUGGUAUUGUGCCUUGACCUGUUUUUGGCUGGUUCAAAAACCACGACAGAUGCGCUGGCAAUUACGUUCGCGUUUCUGGCCCGUAAUCCCAAAUGGUUGAAGAUUAUGCAAGCGGAUUUGGACAGCGUAGUUGGUAGGGAUCGAGAUCCCGUACUUGCGGAUGCGGCACGUGUGCCCAGAGUCGAAGCAUUUCUCGCCGAGGUACAGAGAACUCUCGUUCUCACACCUCUCGGCGUUCCGCACAGCACAACGAAGAACGUUUCUCUUGAAGGUUAUGACAUUCCAAAAGAUACAACAGUUUUGCUAAAUUUGAACAGUGCUCACAAGGACGGAGCUGUUUGGGAAAGACCCGAAGAAUUUCAUCCGGAACGUUUUCUUGACGAAAAUGGUCAAUUCAACAGAAAACAUGAAUUUAUGCAAUUCGGAUUAGGUAAGAGGCGUUGCAUGGGUGAGACGUUGGCGCGAGCCUCACUUUUCCUUUUCUUCACCCACAUCGUGCAUCACUUUGAUAUUGAAGUUUCUCAGAGCCACGGGUUACCGAGUUUAGAUGGCACUGAUGGUUUCGUCAUUUCUCCGAAGCCCUAUCAUCUCGUGCUCACACCAAGAUCUUAAGGCACUAAGCUAUUCAAUUGUUUUUGGAAACAAAAUUGUGAAAUAAUCAAAAAAUUGAUGAAAAUUUAAAAAAUACGAAUACGCAAUAAAAACUUUCCUCGAAGGACUUUCGUCGUUGUCGUUUACAUAGUUUUUUUCACGCUUUUCUAUAAAAGCGCUCUCAACACCAAAAAGCAUCGAUUCUUUAGCACCAUAAUACC